CAGGUGGUCUCUUCGCCAUGGCCUUCACUUUCGCUGCUUUUUGCUACAUGCUGUCUCUGGUCCUGUGCGCGGCGCUCAUCUUCUUCGCCAUCUGGCACAUAAUUGCCUUUGAUGAAUUAAGGACGGAUUUCAAGAGCCCCAUAGACCAAUGUAACCCUGUUCAUGCGAGAGAACGGCUGAGAAACAUUGAACGCAUCUGCUUCCUUUUGAGAAAACUGGUGCUGCCAGAAUACUCAAUUCACAGCCUUUUCUGUAUCAUGUUCCUGUGUGCCCAGGAGUGGCUGACGCUAGGGCUGAAUGUUCCUCUGCUCUUCUAUCACUUUUGGAGGUAUUUCCAUUGCCCUGCAGAUAGUUCCGAAUUAGCCUAUGAUCCUCCUGUGGUCAUGAAUGCAGACACCUUAAGUUACUGUCAAAAGGAGGCCUGGUGUAAGCUGGCUUUCUAUCUCCUCUCCUUCUUCUACUACCUUUACUGCAUGAUCUACACUUUAGUGAGUUCUUAACUGAAAGAUAACCCACGUCAUCAGAGACUGGCACCAGAAAAAGGACGGAGGCUUGAGGAGAGAAGUCAAUUGACACUGAGGAUUGGAUUGGAAGGACCUGGAGGAGGCGGUGGAUUUGGAAGCUGAGGCCCUUGGUAGAGCGUGUGGAGAAAAAACAGAGAGACCCAGUAGGCUGAAUGACUGGCUUCAGAACUGAAAGAAUGCAGCCCGUGGGCUAAAUAAACUGUGAUCGGCUCUUGUUACUCCAUGCAUUGCAGUCUUUGGCAUUCCAAAUCCCACACAUGAGCUGUGUAUCACUCCUGAGGAUUGGGAGAGGUGGGGGAGAGAUACAAAGCCAAACCUCUCAUGGGGGAGAAUUGCAGCUUACAGAGAGUACUCCAUAAAACAGCUCCUGCAGAUACUUUUCACACUGGGUUCCUGGUAACUGUUCAGAUGGACUGUGGGAGUGGAGGCUGGGCUGGCUCUCUGCAAAGGGAUUUGAAUGCCUGGCUAUGGCAGUUCUAAGCCAGGGAUGUGGCCUGUAUGGACGAAUGACACCAGAGAAGCCCCUUGCCUCUUCCAAGCCCUGCUGGUGCCCCUGUGGCUAGCAGACAUGUGUGAAUAUGGUCUUCCUCCAGGCAGCCCCCCAGAGUAAAACCUCCAGAGGUGUUCAUUUGGGUUUCUUUUUGUCAUGUUCCAAUUGAUUGGUGAUAGAAUGUAGCUAGGGUUCCAUGGAUUGCUAAGAAUUCUCUCUAAAGCCAGGAAAAGGAAUAGCUUCCCCACCCCACCCCCAUAAUUGUUUGAUAAUGGCAAAUAGCUGGUUGUUUACACAUGUGAAAGGAACCCUGAGUUGUUAGCUGUUAGCGCUGAUGUGUCCUGUUGUCCUGUAGAAACCAGGAAGUGUCAAUCAAUGUAUUCCAGAAAGAACACUUCAGAAGUCUGGAGAUGGGGGAUCUGGGUUUGAAUUCCAGCUUUACUACUUGUGAAACCCUGAGGGGAUCACUUCCCCUUGCAUGGUAUAGAGUCCCCACUAUUCUUAUGCUUAGUGAUACAGGCCAGAUUCCAGUUUUAAUGGGUAAAGCUGUAAAUCCCACUUAAGUAGGUCUUAAAUUUACAAGAGUCUGAAUAGACUGUUGGACUUGGAAUCAGGAAGACCUGGGUUCAAAUCUUGGCUCAAACACUUAAUAGCAGUAUGGCCUUGGGCAAAACAACUUCUCUGAGCCUUACUUAGUCUCCUCAUCUGGGACAGUGAGGGAGCUGGAUUGUUACCUAUGAGGUUCCUGGUAGCUCUAAAUCUGUGAUGCCAGAAUCUUAUGACCAUUAUCUAUGACUAGAUAAUGUCUGAGGUUCCUUCAACUCUCUAUAUAUCAUCUCCAAUCGAUGAUCUCCACUGGAGCCAGAUUUGGAACCAGGAAGACCCAAAUUCAAGUUCUGCUCUGACAAAUACUGUUCAUGUGACCCUAGCCAAUUCAUUUACCCUCUCAAUAUUCUAGGCCAGAGGUGUCAAAACUGUUGCCCAAACCAGAUUAAAAUGUAACUGGGAAAUGCUUAACAAAAUAAAAAUAUAAUAAACGCAGAUAACAUUACAUUUACAUCAAGUUAAUAUGUGGCCCCCAGGGAUCUUUACGUAUAGAUUUGUGUAGUAGCCAGUUGUGUCUGACUCUCCAUAACCCUUUUUAAGGUUUUCUUGGCAAAGAUACUGGAAUGAUUUGCCAU